CUUCCCCGGACAACUGCCAUCUCGCUUCCAGGCGCGCACGCUCUCUCAGGCUCAUAUAGCCGCACGGCAGGCAUUUUACCCACGUCGCCCUCCUCCUGGUCCACGUAUUCACUCGCACUCGCAAGACAAGCCCCGUUGCAGUGAUACACCGAGCUUCGACGUAGCGACGAUGCCCGCUCGUGUCCUGUCCUCCGAACGGGCCCACUACAGGCCCACGCCCGCCAUCUCACGACAACCUGGAGGAGAGAUGCUCGCUGAUCCCCAAUGGCAGAUUUUGUUCGACCCAGGCCACCUCGAGUUCACCGCCACUUCUCGCGAACACAGGAUGUUUGCUUCACAAGGUCCCCAGUUCACAUCAACGGACGCGGCAGAACGACCGACGCUUCCUCACGCUCCUUACGUCUCAGAUCGUCAGGGUACGCUCAAUUACCCCUCGUAUGUGCAGAGGAAUAGCCACCCACCCAUGCCUCCGUGGCUGUACCCACCGGGUGCAUAUGGGGGGUACCAGACCGUGCGUGCCCCAGCGAGUGCGGUACCGCCACCGCCACCAAUGGUGCACAAAGUGUGGAUUCUGGACUGCAAGUCGUGUGGGAUGUUCUUGACGAACAGAGGCAUGAAAGCGGUCCUUCUUCUUAGGCCGAACGUCCCGCUCUACUCGACAGAUGCGCUACCGAUCAACUGCUCUGCAUAUUCUCCCUACCCUGAGACCUCCUCAAUCUGCGCCUCCUCACCACCAGAAUUUUCCUCUGCGACACGAACGUGCGAAUGCUUGACGCAGACGCUCUGCUGCCAUGGCUGCGGAAGCGCAGUGGGGUACACGAUCGUGAGCCCGUGCCGGCGGUGUACAUCGUCGAUCUCGGCGAGCCAGCGUGCGACAAAUGGGCAUCGGUUCGUGUUCUACGCGAAGGAGGUCGAUGCGGAGGAGCGGCGGUACGUGCCCGGGGAGCAUGGCGUGCUCUCUGAGCAGCCGCGGCCGCCACUGAUGCCGCCUUUGCAUGCGAUGCGGACGAUGAACAGGCUGCCGCUGCGGCCUUCGUUGACGAGAACAUCGAUUCCGGCGCCGCCACCUCUGUCGAGAGCGCAGGCGGUGCAUCCUACUCUCUCGGCGUCCACUACGGCCGACUCUAUGUCUGUACUCACCUCGAGCCAUGAUCUUCUACCCUCAAGGACAUCGCUAUCCCUGGAAGACCCCUCGACUGGGACCGAGCUGUCUAACGAGACUCGUCUCCCUGUAUCGCCUGUCAUUGCCUCCCGCAGCGGUGCGAGUCAUCGAUCGACGGCUCCCGUCGAAGGCUUUUCAUCUUUCUCGAUGGCACAGCUUCCCCCGACGCCUCCCAACUCCCGUUCAAUCACUGCUGGCGCCAACUCUCCGAGCGUUGCCGAUCUCGACUCCAGCCAGUCACACAGAAUGGUGGUCCCUCCUCUCCCUCCGCCGCCCGCGCCGGAAAAGUUGAAGGCAGGCGAUUUACUGUACUGGCACCAUCUGGUGAGGAGCGGAGACAUACCAUCGGUGUCGGAGGACCCGCGUGCGAGGAAGGGGUACGGCGCGACACGAGAAAAGGACGCGCAACCGGGGACGGGCGUGAGCGUCAGGAGGAGAGUGCUCGCAGGACGAUAACGAUGGCGCGACCAACGGUGUUUGCGAAUAGGACCUACAUAUCCACAGGCAGCGAUCACAACGAAAAUUCACGACCACACGACACGAAACAACGGCAUCUCGCAUACCUUGUUCUCUCUAUUUAUCGCCUCUUGAUCUUGGACAUGGACACGGACAUGUACAUAAGUCAACUACCUGACUCUGAGUCGCUCCACGUCCUAUCUCCUUGGUGUAUUUUUCCGAAUACCCGCAUCUGUAUGUAUAUCUUCUGUCUGUACAUAUAGCUAGGCUUGCAAUUCGGUUGUAGAUCUCUUUUGGUCGUCUCCUAUAUAUGUUUGAUGUAUAUAUAUUGUCUGUGUUUUGUCAAUCUCUGCAUUUGUAUC